CAGCUCCGCUCCGCAAUAUGUCUCGGGCAAAGACACCCACCCCCAUGCUAUGAUGACACGAACAACGAUUACGAUGUGAAUGCUCAAAAACCAAACGAAUUCCUCUUCCUAACCACCAUAUCCCCCACCAAUCUACCACCAAACUGAACCGAUGUUACACGAGCCAACCCCCUGAACACCCACUCAAAAGAACAGACCCAGGAACAACUAACUCUCCGACACCCACCCCCUCCGCAAUGGCCGUCUUCUCCCUCAUAAUCAUCAACAAAGCCGGCGGAUUAGUCUACCAGCGCGAAUUCCAACCCGGGUUGCGCAAACUCUCCACGAACGAUUAUCUCGUCCUGGCGGGCACGUUUCAUGGCGUCCACGCCAUCACCCGCUCCAUCACACCCAAACUCCCCCUCGCGGCCAUCCCAAACCCCCCCAUAACACCCACCACCGCAACCACACCCUCCCCCAACAUCGCCUCCCCCUCGAGCACCUCCACCCCGACGCCCUCCUCCUCCUCCGCCUCCGCCGGCGGCUACACAUACCCGAACCCCGGCGUGCCCGCCACGGGCCUCGAAUCCCUCGAGACAGACAAGUUCCGGUUAACGUGCUUUCAGACGUUGACGGGGACGAAGUUCUUGUUGUUUACGGAACCGACCAUGGCGAAUAUUGAUGUCGUCAUGAAGAAGAUUUAUGAGCUGUAUGCGGAUUUUGUUAUGAAGAAUCCGUUUUAUCAGUUGGAGAUGCCGGUGAGGUGUGAGGCGUUUGAUCGGAAUUUGCAGGGGUGGUUGAGGGGGAGGGCGUGAUUGAUUGCCUGGCGGGUGAUAAAUGGGGGUAGUGUUUGAUUUCUAAGGGUAGUAGGGGGUUCUUGUUUUAUUUUCUUGCGGCUGUAAUGGCAUAUCAGGCGUCAUAGUUUGUAUCAUGGAACACAAUCACGAUGGCGAUAGACUGCAUAUAAUACCGCAUCCGUUCAAAAGCGUGG